CGCAAUAAUCUAAACUUUUGAUCCAUCUUUGAUUUAAAUCCAAUUCUACACGUUCUCAAAAAUAACCAUUACAGUUUAUCCUUUCCAUGACACAAAUCUAAAUAAAUUUUAAAAUCAACAUCAUCUUGCAAAUUGAAUGAUCGUAUCGAGGUACGCCUCUAAGAGACCAUUUCUACCAGGCAAAUCAGCGAGCCAAGUCCGCGAAAACUGAUUGCGUGUAUUCGAGGAGUGCGUUCUCUCGGCGAUGAGGAUCGAUGCGGUUUCCGUAGUAACGGCGCCGUCAGAGAGGUCGGAGUCGCGGAUGGUGGUGGACGAAGAGCAUCGAGCACAAAACUGAUGCAGUAACGACAUCGCCGUCGCCGAAGAACACAUCUUUUACACUUUCUCUCGCGUGUGCGUGCAUCCGUGUGCUUCGUCAUUCCUCACCAGCAUUCCGCCUGCACGACGUCGCUUCGAGACGACGAGCAACAUGCGGAGGCAGCCGAUCCUCCGCACCAGAAUAACAGUAGAAGACUCGAUCGCGAGGGCGAUCAGAGGAGUAUGUACAAGAAACCAUUGCGACCAGAAUCGGGGAUCCGUUUGUUACGAAGAUGGAGCGACAUGCCGCAGCAUUUGCAGUUCAAUCCUCACAUCCGCACUGGAUAUAGGCCCCUCAUGACCGUGGCCCAGUGUCUCGGCAGUUUGUUUUACAUCCACAAUGAAACUGUCAAUAUCUUGACACAUGGUAUCUUCCUAGCAAUCUUAUCUUGGUGCCAUUUAAUCGGUGCUGUAAGUCCCUGGAUUGGAUCAUUCAUUUAUCAUCUUUUUAUGAAUUUAAACUACGAUGAAAUCUUCUAUAAAUCGCUAUUGAAAUUAGACAUGAUCGGUAUAUGGCUGUGUCAAAGUUUUGGAGCAAUACCUAUGAUAGCAGCAACAGUCCACUGUUUAUGUGAUACUUAUUGGUACAGCUGUAUGUUUAUCUAUUGUUUCCUUAGUAUAUGGGGACUUCUUAAGGCAAUGAAUGCGCAGUCACCGUGGGAGAGAAGAUUAUGUUUUGCACCUCCUUUUCUCAUGAGAAUGUUAGUACUAAUUCUACGAUGUUUCGGUAUUGGCGGUGGUUCUCCAGAUGCUUUACUUCAUAUUGUACUACAGGAUCUCAUAGCAAUUGUAGGAGCAACUAUAGGUGCCAUGCGUAUUCCUGAAAAAUGGAUACCAGGCAAACUGGAUCUGAUAUUGAAUUCUCAUAAUUUAAUGCAUGUGCUGGUUGUCUUGGCGGUUUGUUCGAUGCAUGCUGCAACUCUGCAAGAUCUCACUUGGAUAAUCAAUUCGUCUGCGUGCAAUGAAACGAUAUUCGUUCAAUUAAAGCACGAUGAACUGUGAUGAAAUGACAUGCGUAAACAUAAUGAAAUCUGUGAUAAAACGAGCCUAUCCCAACCGGUUAUUUUGUUCAAACGAUAAAAAUACUUCGUGACCAUAAAGUAUAUAUCUUUCUAAUUAGUAAUAGAAAUAAAAGAAUAUGCAUAUAUGUACGUACCAAAAUUUAAUGAUAAUAAGAAGUAAGCAAUAUUCACGUGCAAUAUAUACGUGAAACAAUAG